AUGGCAGAAAGAUUUCAUUUACCAUUCCACUCUCCAAAAGAGGGAGAUAUCUCCAGUGAUUUUCGAGAUGUCUCUCUGCCCAGUGAUGGGCAUGAGAGUGGAAUUUACCCUUUGCCUGUAUAUCCAUCAAGAGACAACAGUCUUGAUGAAAUCAAGGAGGAGCUCUCUGGUGAUCUGCAGUCUUCAGAUACAUCAAAUAUCAGUACCAGUUCACCAAAGAAAUGUCAUACAAACUGUAACAGCAUUAACACUAUACCAGUGCCUCAUUCACCAAUAGCAACCUCAGCACACUUAAUUAUUAGAAAACAGAUUCAUACAUCCAGUGAAUACAGUGAUGUGUUCCUAGAUGACAUAGUUCCUAAUGAAUCUUGCACCUCAGAUAUCUUCAAACCUUUUGUCCCAAAGGAUCCUGUCUCAGCCACAGAGCUGGAAAAUGCUGACUUGACUGUUACCAAUAAGUGCCAUACAAGAUUACGAGCCUUAUCUCAGCUUACACAUCACAUGUCACCUGUAGGAUGCCCCACUUCUGAUUUGCCUUCUAUAUCUAGGCCAGUCAGAUGGUACAGUGAAAGUGACUUGAGCAGUGAUGUUUCGGAGAGGGAGAUGGUUGUAAAGGAUUACCCUGGCACUGCUCCUGUUAAUUAUUUAGCACAAGAGCUUCUGUUACAUCUCGGCCAUGGGCCACCGGUAGACUGGUGGGCUCUGGGAGUAUGUCUUUUUGAGUUUAUGACUGGUGUUCCACCUUUUAAUGAUGAAACUCCUGAGGCUGUGUUUCAUAACAUUCUUCACCGAGACAUUCCCUGGCCAGAGGGUGAUGAGGCAUUAUCUGAAGCUGCUAUCAAGACAAUAGACAAGCUCUUGGCCUUUGAUCCAAAAGUACGGGCAGACUUUGAAUUGAUCAAAUCAAGCUCCUUAUUUCAUUGCAUCAAUUUACCCAACUUGAGGGAUAUGCCAGCCCCAUUUGUCCCUCAACCAGAUGAUGCCAUGGAUACCACCUAUUUUGAAGCUCGUAACAACAUCCAGCACCUCACCGUGUCCAACUUCGAUUUGUGAAGUAAACUGUUCUCUGAGUAAAAUCCAUCCUUAACUGUGAUCAGCAUAAGCGGCACAUCAAUUUGUGAAGCAAGGUGUUCUCUGGUGAAAAAUCCAUCCACAAAUGUGAUCAGCAUCGGCAGCACAUCAGUUUGCGAAGCAAGGUGUUCUCCGUGCAAAAUCCGUCCGUAAUUGUGAUCAGCAUCAGCAGCAUAUCACAGGAAUAGCGUUGAAAGUUGUUAACAACGUCAUGAGGAUAAUCCCUCACAGUUUUUUUUUGUUCCACAUUAUAUCACUAUGAAAAGCUUUUACAUUAUGUUUGAUAGCUAAAAAUACAGUAAGCUUGCAUUGUUUUAAUGUAUCUUAUUCCACAUUUGUAAUAAUAAGAGGAAGUAAUUCUCCAUUGUUUUAAAUUUUUGGUAUCGUGCAUUGGUUAGGUAUACUUUUCCAUAACUGUAUGUUUUAUUAAGAAUAUAGAAUAUAAUAACUAUCUGAUAUAUAGUAUCAAAUCAAAACUUUAAUACAUGUACCUGUAUCAAAUAUUUGAGAAAAAAUUGUCCUUUUAAAUGUUUUCACCCAACUCUAAACAUAAUAAAUUUUAAAAAUUCUGUGUUUCAAAUCAACCAUUAAAGAUCAUCUAAGAUAUAUUGAUCAUUUGCCUACUUUGGUUUAAGUAUUUACCCAGGCAAUAGUGGGUUUAUUCACUAUUAAGUCCAUUGAUUAUUGCGGUAUUAUUAGUAUUUGCAUAUACAUACUGUAUAGUCCUUGUGGCUUAGCGCUUCUUUUUGAUUAUAAUAAUAAUGCAUAUACAUAUAUAUUUUUUAACUGGCCUUCCUCACUAUAAAUGUUGCCAUCUGUUUUUGAUGGUGAUGGAUGACCAGAGCAUUCAUCAUCCUCAACUGAUGCUCAUCCUACUUUGAAUCGAGAAAACCUACACUCUCUCUCAUUCCCUUCAUCUCCCAGCUGAAUGUGUCUUCCAGGUAAAAAGUGAGUCACUACUGGUAAUUUCUUUUAAUUAUACUGUCUUUCCCUUCUAAUUGCAAUACUUAUCAAUAACAGUUGUAGAUAUCAUUCAUAAUGUAACAGCUGCCAAUGAAACACAAAAACCAAAUAGGUUACAAAAAAAAUGCUCCACAUUGUGAUUGUUGUUAGCAGCCUCGACUCAAAUGUUCAAUGACUUCAGUCACAACAUAGCUGUGGACUCCAACAAUUUGACUCACUAACAGUUUGUUGAGAAGUUUGGCUGUUUUUUAUGAAAAUAAUAACAACAAAAUGCUCUUCUACACAUCUGAAUUUUUUUU